GGAUUCUAUUUUCAUAAGGAAUUUAAGAAUUAAUACUGUUUGUGCAACAUUGUGAUAUCAAUAUCAUAGAAAUCUUUAUGUGGAAAAGUUUAUGUUCGCACAAUGUCAAAAUUUUCGUGCCAAUUUUGUUCCAAAGUAUAUUCGAGUAAAAAUUCUUUAUGGGCGCAUCGAAAACUAUAUCACAGAAAACAAUGGGAGCUAUCAAAGACAAAAAAGGCUAACUGUAUCCUCUGUGAGUUUAGCGCACUAAAGAGUAAAGACUUACUGUGGCAUUACAACAAUAACCAUGAUAAAAACUUGAAGCUGAUGCAACAGAAUUUUGUUUCGGAAAGUGAUUUUAAUGAAUGGAAAAAAGAUUUGGAGAGAAAAACAAACACUUUGUUCGGUCAGACGUGCGGGAAAGAAAGAAGUCAAGAUUAUGAAGUGACACGUUACUAUUGCCACAGGUCGGGCAAUUACGUUCCUAGUGGUACCGGUGCUCGAUCUCUGAAGGCGCAAGGAAGUUUGAAAAUGAACGGCAAAUGCCCUGCUUAUAUGGUAAAGCGGAAACGAUUGUCGUCCGGUCGAAUUUCUGUUGAAUAUUGUUCAGAUCAUGUCGGGCACAGCGUUGAACUUUGUCAUUUAAAAUUAUCAUCGGAAAUCCGAAACAUGAUUCGAAGCAAAAUAGAAAAUGGGAUGGAAUCGAAACAAAUCUUGGACAGCAUUCGUGAUAGAAUUGGGAAUAUUGAUAGGGAUGCUAUGGUUACUAGAAAGGAUAUUAUUAACAUUCGUAACCAGUGCGAUGUCACAAAAAUAGAAAAACAAACAGAAGAAGUGAAAAGUGAGAAAAUUUGGGUGACAGAAUUAUCUGAUGAGAUUGAUGCUAACGAUGUAGUAAUGUACAAGGCACAAGAGGUUAGUGAUUAUAGUUUACAAGAAGAUGAUUUUGUUUUAUGUAUACAGACGGAGUUUCAAAAGCACAUGUGGAAAAAGUUUGGCCAAAAAAUGAUUUGCAUUAUCUCAACUAAGUUUACUACCGAGUGUGAAUUGAGUUUGUUAACUUUGUUGGUGUUUGAUGAGUUUGGAGAAACUAUUCCAACAGCUUGGAUCAUUUGUAACAGGGAAGAUACUGAGGUUCUUACUUGUGCUUUUAAUGGUCUAAAAGAAAAAUGUGGUGAUAUUACCGCAGAACUGUUUAUGAGUGAUUUGGACGACAACUAUUAUAACGCUUGGCAAUCCGUGUUCAAACAACCAAUACAAAGACUCUACUGUAAUUGGCUUGUCAAUAAACGCUGGAGAAAACAGAUCUCGGAGUUUGUUCCUAAGACAAAGACGCAAGUUACAUUAUAUGCUUACCUUAAAACGCUCCAUUAUGAAACUAAUGAGGACAAGUUUGACAAAAUGUUGCGAGAAGCACGAAGUUAUCUUGUUAAAACAUCUCCACAGUUCCACGAGUACUUUCUCAAGAAUUUUGUGUUUGAAGAGAAAUAUCGGAUGUGGGCGUCGUGUUUCAGGAUUGGUUCAGUUGCCAAGACAAAUGUGGAGGCUUUUUACAGGGUUUUAAAUGAAGCUUAUUUUGGCAAGAAGGGAAACAGAAGUACAGGCAAACUUUUAGUGACACUUAUUAAAAUGUCAAGGGACAAAUGUUUGGAGCAAUUCAUUAAAACUGAGAAGGGAAAAUCUACCCGUCUUCUUGCUGCAAUAAACAAGCGGCACAGGCUUGCCAGUACAGUAAGGGAGGUGACCUGUUUAGCAUGUGAUCAAUGGAAGGUUGAUGAUCUUGAUGACCAAGAAUGCACUGUAAAGAGGAUUCAGCCACAAUGUAUGGAUAAUUGCCAAAUCAAGUGUUCUAUAUGCAAUAUAUGUGUGCAUAUGUACACAUGUACGUGUAGUGACUUUUUGGUACAUACAGUUGCAUGCAAGCAUAUUCAUGCUGUGAAAAUGUCAGGUGCAGAAAGUGAACCAUUAAGAGGGCAAACUUCUGUUCAGCAAAAUUGCAAAAAAGAAUUUCAAGGCAUUGUAGAAAGUACUAUUGUUGGGACAUCAAAGAAAACGCAAUCCAUCAAGUCAAAGUUGAUCAAAGACCUUGAAUCAGUAAUUGAGUUAGUUAGGACAGUAGAUGAUGAAGGAUGCUUGAACAAGAUGAUGCACCACACCACAGCAAUGUUAUCCAUUGGUAAACGUCGAACACAACCGUUACCAAUAUUCCCAACAUUACCACCAGUAAAUAUCACACCUGCGACGAAACAAAGUAAAGAUCAUAGUCCAUUUCUUUCAGUUCAACUCAAUGUAACCAAAAAGAGGAUAAACAAUCUUGCAAUUGCAUCUAAUCCAACCCCAAAGCCUACAAUUCUACCGGAGAAUCGUUUACAGGCUCAUAAUAAUGCAGAAUGUAGUAAAGUAUUGAAACGCACACACACGUCAACACCAGUGCGUAUCCUCUCUGCUAAGAAACAUUGUACAAAACCAAAUCUCCCAAUGCCAGUUAAAGUUACUAGAAUAAAUAAAGUUGCAUUUAAAUCAACACAAAUGCUUGCAGAUAAACAGAUUCCACUAGAGGAAUAUUUACAGUCUCAUAAUAUUGCAAAUUCUAUUAAAGGACUGAAACGCAUUCAGCCAUCAACACCAGUACAACCAAUACAUAUUCUUUCUGCUAAGAAACAAUGUACAAUUAAGAAACCAUCACUUCCAAUGCAGGACGUAGUUUGCAGAAACGAAAUAAAUGAUUUUUCGAUAACACCCACACCAGUCCCCAAACUUGCAACUGAACAGGUUUCCCCAGAUAAGGGUUUGGAACAAAGUAAUGCAGAUUGUAUAAAAGGAACGAACCAAACACAAACAUUACCUCAAUUACCUUCGCAAAAGAUUCCGUCUGCUGAAAAACAAGGUGCAAUUCAAAAACCAUUUCUUUCAAUGCAGGUGAAAGUUAGCAAAAAGAGAAUAAAUGAUUUUGCUUCUAAACUUUCCACAAAACCUUCAACUGACCAAGGUUCAUCAAAGAAGAGUUUACAGGCUCAUAAUAAUGGAGACUGUUUGGUGGUGAUUGCAUAAAUAUCUAAAUAAAACAUUGAUAAAUACUGUUUCUCUAAUCCAUUUUAUUUACUUUUAUUUAACUGUUUCUCCAAAAAAUUGUUGGUUUUGUGCGACAGUGUGAACCUUAUACAGUAAUACAAUUUAAAAGUUUAGCUGGUCAACCAUAUAAAAUUUCCAUCGAAGUAAAAAACAUUGCUAUGUGUAGUGUAAGAGCUUAACUUCAUUACUAACUCGUUUUACUGUGUAUAGGAAUAUAUUAUUAUUUCUACCGGUAUAUAAUCCAUCAAUUUUCUUCAUACAUUGUUAUUAUUUCUUAUAUAUACUUGUGUCUUAAAAAAGUUACAUUCUUUUAUUUAUAG